AUGCAUCCAGAUAGUGAGUUAACGGCCUGUAGUGCUGCGAUGCACAUUCUAGAGGCCCAAAUGAUGGAGAAUCCCUUUUCAAGCGACGCAGCAAGGCUAAUAUCAGAAUAUGCAGGCAUGAUUCGAUUACUGGUGGUAAGCGUAAGUCAGCUUCACCGUGGACUUCGAUUAUCAUGGCGUAGGGGAUCAGCACUGAAGAUGGAAUUAGAGAGAGACUUUACGGCUUCGCCGCUCGCCGCUGAACAUAUUGCAGAGGUUAUCAGAGCCAUAGAUCUGAUAACAGCGUUGGAAAAACGAUACAGAAAAGAACAGACGCAGAACCAAGCCGAGUUUCGUUCACAUCUUCGGGACCUGCAGAAAGAGGGCUACAAAAAGUUUGAACAAGACGUCACAGGGCAUAAUCAUCAAGUACAAACCGAUACAGCAGCGGAAACAGUACCGGUUGUAGAACCCGAAAACAAAAAACACAAGCUUCUGUCAACAAAUCGCAAAAUAACGUCCUCGUUGGUGCGGACAAGCCACAUGCUGCGCAGCUCUGUGCUUCAAAGCGAACUCAACGUUUCUGAGCUACAAGAACAGACUGCGUCGCUGCAUAAAUUGAACGACAGGUUUGAUUCUCUUUCUGGGAUUCUGACGACCUCUUCGAAAGUGGUGCGAGUAAUUCAAAACUCGUCGGGUCAAGAGAAGCGUCAGAUAUACUCGGGACUAAGUUUUCUGGCGUUAUGCAUAGGUUGGGUACUUUGGAGACGUGUUUUCAAGAUGCCCGUCAAACUUGCAUUGUGGUUAUGGUUUCGAUUUUUCCGGUCGAUCCUGACAUUUGCAGGAGCAGUCCCAAAGAUCGAGGUAGGUUUUGGUCCCAUUUCGGUUGCCAACACGAUUGCAACACUUGCAACAGCGACGGAUGUCGUGCAGAAGGCUAUCGAAACCACCCAAGGCGCUUCCGACACCAUGGCGGCGAUGGUAGGUGAUGCAGUGGACGAUGCAUUUUCCAGAAUACGCGACGAGCUGUGA